AUGAAUUUUGAUUCUAGUUCUUCUACUUCUAGUGAUGAAAUAUGCGAUUCCAUGUUGUUAGAUUCUAUUGAGGAAAAUCGACAACAACAAGUGAUAGAGGAUACAGUAAGAUAUGUUGUUAAUACUGAUGUAGAAGAACAAGAAGUUCAUGGUUCACGACGUGAAAAAAUGUCAAGGUGGAUCGUUCCAAGAGAUCGUGAAGGAGCACAUGAUCGAUUAGUUACAGACUACUUUAGUGACCAUCCAUUAUACGGUGAUGAAAAGUUACGACGUAGGUUUCGUAUGCGAAAACCUCUAUUCAUGAAGAUAGUGAAUACGUUGAGUGCAACUGAUAGAUUUUUUCAACAACAUCCAGAUGCCACAAUGCGACUGGGUGCUUCUGGAAUUCAAAAAUGCACUGCAGCAAUGAGAAUGUUAGCAUAUGGUUGCCCAGCUGAUCAAAUUGAUGAGUAUCUAAAACUUGGGGCAAGUACGGCAAGAGAAUGUCUUAUACACUUUGUUGAUGGAGUGAUUCAUGAAUUCUCAACAGAAUACCUGCGGAAGCCAAACGCCGAAGAUCUUGUUCGUCUCCUUAAACAAGGGGAAGAAAGGGGUUUUCCUGGCAUGAUGGGGAGCAUCGAUUGCAUGCAUUGA